AUGUACAAAGACGAAGUUCGGGCGUCCUAUUCGAACCACUACACUGUGGACGAAGUUCGGGUGACCAUUUCCAAUCACUACACUGUGAACGAAGUUCGAGUGACCAAUUCCAACCACUACACUGUGACGACCUAUUCCAGCCACUACAACGAAAUUCGGGCGACCUAUUCCAACUAUUCCACGGUGAACGAAAUUCGGGCGACCUAUUCCGACCAUUACACUGUGGACGAAAAUCGGGCGACCUAUUCCGACCAUUACACUGUGGACGAAAUUAGGGUGACCUUUUCCAACCACUACACUGUUGACGAAGUGCGGGCGACCUAUUACAGCCACUACACUGUGUACGAAAUUCGGGUGACCUUUUCUACCCACUUCACUGUGGACGAAGUUCGGGCGACCUAUUACAACCACUACAUGGUGAAUGAAGUGCGGGUGACCUAUUCCAACCACUACACUGUGGACAAAGUGCGGGCGACCUUUUACAGCAACGACAUGGUGAAUGAAGGGCGGGCGACCUAUUACAGGCACUGCAUGGUGAAUGAAGUGGUGCGGGUGACUCCACUGUGGACGAAGUGCAGUGACACAUCAUCCCAGGCGCAGUCCUGCGGACAGAGCAACUUUAGCCCCAAUCCGAAUUUGGCGAUGCAGUACAUCGUGGGAGGGCAGGUGGCAACUGAGGGCGACUUCCCAUGGCAGGUGGGUCUUGUUGAGAAUGGAUAUCUGAUCUGCGGAGGAACCUACGUGAUUGGCAACGAUGGAAGCCCGAAGGUGAUUACCGCCGCUCACUGCCUGAAUGGAAAGAAUCCAAGGCCGGCUGACUACUCCAUCGUUUUCGGGAUGCAAAGCACAACUUCUGCUGGGAGUAGAAAAGUGAUCCAGGCCACGUCCAUUAAACCUCACGCUGGAUACAACAGUAACACCAUGUCUAACGACAUCGCUGUGAUUAGCUUUGGUUCGACUGCCGCCAGCGUAAUUGCCACCACGUUCGCCUCCCCCGCCUGUCUGCCUUCAAGAAUAUACGCUGAUGCCGAGAUGUCGCUUGUCUCGGGCUGGGGAACAACAUCUGAAGGAGGAUCAAGCUCCAGCGUCCUUCGUUACGUAUGGAAACCAUUGUUGAGUUUGGCCAACUGCGAAAACACAGGCAACGCAGGAUCCCUUGACAGCACAAUGCUCUGCGCUGGACAGACUGGAAAGGACGCUUGCCAGGGCGACUCUGGUGGCCCUCUUGUUGCCUACAGGAACACUCAAUGGGAACUCAUCGGUGUGGUCAGUUGGGGUUACGGGUGUGGUGCGUUCAACUAUCCCGGAGUGUACGCCGACACAUGGGCGCUGCGAUCCUGGAUCAACGCAAACCUCUAG